GCGGGAACAGACGCAGCGCCGCGCGCGCCCCGCUUCGGUUGCUGGGAGACUGGGCCCUGGUCUGGCGGACUGCGGGCGUCAAGGGAGACCCGACUCGGCGCCGCGGAGAGCAGCGGGUCCAGCAGUUUAAGAGCUUCGCUCCACCUCAGCGUCCUUCAAGGGCCAGCGCGCGCGGCCUGGCGAAGCGCGGAGGCGCGCCCUGCUUCCGGGGCCCGCAGCGCAGCGAGCGCCGGAGGUCGCGACCCCCCCUGCCCGAACCCGGCCGGUGGGAGAGGCUGCAUUUGAACCAAACGGCCUUUGCGGGCUGCCGCGCCGCGGUCCUGGGGCUCCGGAGGGCGCAGUGACGGAGCGGCCUCGCCUCGGCGUCGCGUCCCCAAAGCCCCGGAAACACCUGCCCUCUGGGAGACGAUGCUAAAGGUACAAGGAAAACCAUUUCUUGGAACAUCAGGAUUGUAAUUCAAUCUGAAGUUACAGACGACGGUCAAGGGGGGCAAACAUGCUUGACUCCCCAAGUGAACUGGAGUUUUUGGAAGAAAAAGAUACCGAGGAGAUCUCCCAAGUCGCUGCCCUGGCCUUGUCAGCCCAGACAGUCUCCAACGAAAAAUAUGCAGCUGAUGUGCCUGAAAAAACUGGCUAUGCGGACCCCGUUUAUGUUAUGGCAGCAAAUGUUUUUUUGGAUAUUCGAGUGGAAAAGUCACCGGAGAAAGCCCUGAUUAAGUAUGGGAAUGAACCCUUGCAGUCCUUGUUCGAGUCUGAGGAUGAAUCUGUGCGAUUGUCCUAUGAGCUGGCUUUCAGUACCCUGAAGUAUCAAGAUAUUUUGGAAACUAUAUUAAUAGACAGCUAUGUCUUUCCAAGUUCCACAAUACCAGAUCACCUGAGCAGCCUUAUUAUUGUGAUGCUGUAUGAUUUCCAAGACAGAAAAUUUCAAGCUCGUCUCCUUUCUAAUAAAGAAGUAUCCAUAGCAGAAGUUCAAGAAGUAGAGAACCUUCUUUACAGUUUUAAGACAAAAUUGGCUGCAGCAUUAGCAAGAUGUCGAAUCAAACAUGAUGCCCUUUCAAUUUAUCAAAUUCUUCCAGAAACAGUUAGGAACCAGGAGCUAAGGGCGUCUACUCUGCCACUUUAUGCUUGGAUAAAUACUUGCAAAAUCAGCCCUGAAGAAGUUUAUAAUUAUUUGAAAAAAAAAGGCUACCAUAAAGUCAAAUCUGUAUUGCAUGCUGAUGAGAAAGUUUUUGCUGUGGAUCAACAUUGCUUUGAUGUCUUAAUUUUCCCAUCUCAUCUUAAACGUGAUCUUUUAAAUAUAGGUCUUUUUAAAGAUGAUAAACUUAUAUUUCAGGAUAAAUCUCGAAGUCUUGCUGUCCACUCUGUAAAGGCUUUAUUAAAUAUGGAUGAUGACAUUUUAAUGGUAAAUACAGGUUCAUGGUAUACAGUUGCACAUAUGUCUGUCUUAACAAAUAAUAAUACCUCAAAAAUAUUUGUGUGUGGAGCAAAUUCACAAGCUAAAGAUCCUGAUCUGAAAAACCUUUUUAGAACAAUGGGAUGUAAAAAUAUUGAGAUACUUCAUGAGACAUUUCUUAACAUUGAAUCAAAGGAUCUUCGAUUACAGAAGGUUAAAGUGAUUCUGCUCCUACCUCGUUGUUCAGGAUUGGGUGUUAGUAAUCCAGUAGAAUUUAUUUUAAAUGAGCAUGAAGAUACAGGUUUGCUUAAAGAUCUGUCUCAAGGAGGCAUAUCAGAAGAUAAACUUCAUGAUCUUGCCCAACAGCAGUAUGAACAGCUAAUGCAUGCAAUGAAAUUUACUAAAGCUCAAGCAGUUGUUUACUGCACAUGUUCAGUUUACCCAGAAGAAAAUGAAACUGUUGUUAAGAAAGCACUGGAAUUUCAAGAACUUGGGGUUAAAAUCCAACCUUAUAGGCUCAGUCCUCCUGUCCUUCCACUGUGCUCCUUAAAGGAAAUACAUUUAUCUACUGAUAAGUUUUUCAGAAUAGAACCAUCUGAAAUUACCAAUGGUUGUUUUCUUUCUGUUCUAACAAGGGAGCGGGACCCUUCUGAGACAGUGUCUGUGAAAGAUGUCUUGGCCCGUGCUGCAGCCAAAGGUCUACUGGAUGGGAUUGAGGUGGGUAAAUCUUCAAAACGGGACAAGAAGAAGAAGAAAUCGAGAACAACAUUGCCCAAAACUUCCACUGCUGAUAACAUCCAACAGAAAAUCACCGAGUUCCUGAAUCGAGAAGCUAACACAAAUACUAAUCAACCUGAGCGAACAGCAACCAAAACAGCAAUUCAGCAGAAAAGUGCAACCCAGGUAGGGCUUUCGUCACAGGUGGUCAAAAAGGCCAACAAGCCUGCCUGCAGUUCUUUAGUGCCUCCAUGUAUGAAGACUGUAUCUUCUAGAUUGUAUGAACGGCAGACAAGCUGUAUCAGACCUCGACCUGAAGACAAAAUGGUUGCCUUGAAACCCAUAGAAAUUGUUUUGCCUCCAGUCAUGUUGCCAUUUUCAAAUUCCCCAGGGAUCAGGCCUCACCUGCCGUCUCAACAUUUUUGCUAUCACUGGGUUGGACCCAAGACUGCUUUUCCUGGCUACUUUUCCACUCCAGCAGUAACCAGAAGAGGGGACAAACCUAAAGAAAACUUACCUUCCUCCCUAGUGAGGCAUUCUCGACCAUGGCUUUGACUGUUCUGUGGUUUUUUUUUUUUUACAGUGGUCAAGAGAAGUUGAUUUCUUUUCAAAUUCUGAUAGUUCUCUGAAGGUUAGAUAUCCCUAUACAAGAUGCUCACUCUUGGUUACUUAGUAUCUACUAAAUGUGGUACUAUCUUCAGGAGACCUAAAACAAAUGAGAAUCUGUAAUGUAGGGGGUUAACAAAGCAGAAUUCAGAUUUCCCCAGCUCAGUGCUGAGUUGUUCUAGAAUGAGCAGUUAGAGUCUUAGUAUCAGCUUUUAGAGCUUGUCUCACUCUUACUAACUUUCAAUUUGACUUUAGGACACCCGUUUUAAAAGAAAGCAACACAUGUCGCUGAAGGGAAACAUGAUUUGCCUUUUAAGAGGCUUCCUUUCAGGCUCAGUUUGUGAGGCAAUUUAUUCAAAAGUAUAGAUACAGAAAAGAUGCUGGCCCUCCCACAACUUAGAUUAUUUUUCAGUCUCUGGUCAGCUGUUUCUUCAGUCACUACUCAUUAAUUUUUUUUAAUAUCAAAACAUUCUUUGAACAGGGAUAAUGUGAAUUUUUAUUUUGUGAUUGAGUAUGAGCAGGAAGAAUAUGCAGUCCCAAAGCUCUAGAUGUCAGUAGUUCAGAGGAGUAAUUCGUUGACAGUGAAAACUGGUCUCCAUGGGAAGAGCUCUGAGGAGCCUGAGCAGACUGAACACUAUCAGUUCUCCCUUCUGACUAUGUCAAAUACUUUGUGACUAUAAGCAAAUUUCCAUCUAAAAAGUAAUAAUUUUGAAGAGGCAAAGCAAAGUGAUAUCUUUUGUUGAAGAAACUUAUAAAAUGUGUGAUUCUACUCAAGUAUCAGGUGAAAUAGUAAGAUACAAGUCAUUUCAAAUGGCACACAAUGAUCAAACAUUGGAAAAUAAUCUCUGAUGCACAAUUAAAAUACAUUACAGCACGAUGUUAACUAUAUUAAGAGUCAAUUCAUCUUGAAUGUAUUAUCAAUUGCCUACCAAGAAUUAGUAUGAUUAUUAUUUCUGGGUCUAUUGAUACUUUUCAUCAUGGCAACAGAAAUUGUUUGACAUUCAAUCAAGUAAGCUAUUAACAGUAAAUCUGAUUGUUUUAAAAUGUUCAGAUACAUUCAUAAAGUUUGAAUUUAAAGUUCUAGUCUCAGAAUCCAGUUGUGUUGAACAGUGCUAUAUAAAUUACAAAUUACUAAAUCUUCAGUUCAGGUGGCAAUAAUUUAGACAAUUUUCUUCAAGAUGUAUUAUUUAUGUCUACAUCCGUUCUAGUUUUAUAUAUUUUUCUCAUCUGAAGUAAGGCUAAAAAAUGGUAGAUUUCUUAUUUUUAAUUUUAGCUCAAGAUUGAUAUUUAUGAGUAAAAUGUAAAAUGUGUCCGUGAAAAAGAAGAAUUUUUAUGUGUGUGCCAGGCUUAUUGUAUUUUAAAUGCCCAAGGAAUUCUUAUAUAUUAAAUCUGACUCCUAAACAGUACAGAAAUCUUAAAGGCUCAGCUUAUUUUACUAAUUUUAGAAGUAAACAAUGGUAUAAUCUGUUGGCUCUGAAAAGUAUAGUAUGUUUGAUCCUUGCUCUUCCACUCUCACUUGGUUUAGAGUACUUACUCCAUGCUGUUAGGAGACCAGUCCAGCUCAGACUGGAUUGAGCUUUGUUUAGUAAACAGCUGGUAUUUUAUUCCAAGAACCUUCAAUCCCUUUCUUGCCCUCUCCCUGCUGGCUCAGGCUAAGAAGUAUUCCAUUGUCCAAAAGUAGCAGGGUUCAGAUUUUUAUGUUUAUGUGCUAAGUUAGGGGAGAAAAAAAAACACACCACCUCUCACUGUUAUGAAAUAGAUUAAAUAGUUCGGAAUAUUUUUCUGAUCUCCAUAGUAGCAUGGGAUUCAUGUUCUGUUGCAGUUCUAGGCACUUAUUUUUCAGUAGCUCAUAGCUUGCAUCUUGUCACUGAAUUCCUUUUCUUUUUAUAAGUAUAUGGAGAUUAUGAAUUAAAUGAUUGAUUACUUAA